AUGAUGAUGAUGAUACGAACAGAAAAGGUUAAACAAUGCGUUGAUGCACGACUUGGUGGCGAUUACGCUCCAAAAGCUGUUGCUAAGUUAGCCGCGGUUACAGCGUUGUGUGUGCAGUAUGAAGCAGAUUUUAGGCCAUAUAUGAGUACAGUUGUGAAAGCUCUACAACCUUUGUUGAACGCUAGAGCCGUAGCUCCAGGUGAAGGACUACAUUAG